UCAUCCUCCACAAUAUUUAUUUACACUCGUAUUUUCAAGCGCCUAAUACAGUCCACGACAGAAAAUGGCAACCAGCACCACCAAUCCUGCUCUGGAUCCGGAUCUAGACCAGCCAGACAACCCGAAUCACGAGUUCGCUCAAUUCGGAGCUGGAUGUUUCUGGGGGGUUGAGCUUGCCUUUCAGAGACUGCCUGGUGUGGUCAAAACUGAAGUGGGCUACUCUCAGGGUCACGUCCCUGACCCAACUUACAAGCUGGUAUGCACCAACACCACCAACCACGUUGAAGUUGUUCGUGUCCAAUUUGACCCGGAAGUUUGCCCAUAUACCAACCUCCUCUCUCUUUUCUGGUCUCGACAUGAUCCUACCACCCUCAAUCGCCAGGGUGGUGAUGUUGGUACACAGUAUAGAUCAGGGAUUUACUACUACAAUGAGGCCCAAGCUAAGUUAGCCCAGGAAUCAAAGGAAGCUAAGCAGUUGGAAUUGAAGGAUAGCAAGGUUGUGACAGAAAUUCUGCCAGCAAAGAGAUUUUUCAGAGCUGAAGAGUACCAUCAGCAGUAUCUGGAGAAAGGUGGAGGUCAAGGUGUUAAACAGUCUGCUGAAAAAGGUUGCAAUGACCCUAUUAGAUGCUAUGGUUAAAACUUUUUCUUUUUUUUAAAAAAAUAAAACAUCCUUUUUGGAUGAAUAAUAUAGGAAUUACACUACUGGGGCUAAUUUAAAUGUGAAAAAUUCCUUUUGUUUCAAAUUGGAUUCCACAUUUUAAACUGGUCUUGAUAGUUUGGUUUCACUUUACUAGGUUGUCCUGUCCACUUGCACCAAGUAUCAAUAAGCUUAUUGUGUAUUGUAUUCUAAAGACAUCCUAGUAUCAAUGAAUGAACUUCCUUUUUUUUUUGUUUCA